AUGGGAACUCCAGAGGAACUUGUCUCUAAAUUCCAAGUGAAGAGGCUACUAAAACAAGAUCAAAACGGCCGACGCAUUGCGAUACUCGGGACAAUAGACGACCAGCAAGCCAUUUUUACCGCCGAGCGUGCCCCAUUCGCGACCGAGUCUCUUGAAGUUAUCCAGGCCUUCCACGCAGCUCUCACAAAGAUCAACAACCUUGGUGACAACGAUGUCUAUCGUUGGUACCUCGCCUCAUCUGAUGGUGAUAGCCGGCGAACUCAUCCAGAGCUCCAGCAUGAUUUGAAAUUGAAUCUUAUCUGGCCGUGCACCGAAAAACACAUUAAGAAAUAUUCGGAUCAGCAACUUCGCAUGGUAACCGAAACGCCCGAAAUCUACAAGAACCAAGUCCGAACGUACAUGCAAAGAAAUCGCGAAGAGGGACGUUUGGAUUGGAUUUUCAACAUCCUCGAGGGUCGUACGGAGCAGGAAGAUGUUUUACUGCGAGAUACAGCUCAUGGGCCUGAGAACGCUUUCUUAAUGCUACCAGAUCUAAACUGGGAUCGAAAAACUAUGAGCUCUCUCCAUUUGCUGGUGCUAGUAUGUCGAAGAGACAUUUGGAGUCUUCGUGACUUACACAAAGGACAUUUGCCUUGGUUAAAAUAUCUCCGGCAACGAGUACUGGAAGCUACGGUAUCCAUGUAUCCUGAUUUAGACCAGGAUCAAUUGAAGCUCUAUGUUCACUAUCAACCUACUUACUACCAUUUCCAUAUCCACGUUGUUAAUGUCAUGCUAGAAGCUGGCGCCACACAGGCGACUGGAAAAGCCUUUGGCUUGGAGAAUAUUAUUUCACAGCUAGAAACCAUGGCUGGAGGCGAUGAAGCCAGUAUGGCUGACGUGAGCUUGACUUACUACUUGGGAGAAGCAAGUGAAUUAUGGGAGAACAUUUUCGCGCCUCUAAAGAAGCAGUCAUGA